AUGCUAUUAUUCAUUUUGGUCACCACAGGUGUUUGGACUUCCCUUCAAGCAGCUCUUACUGAAUUCAGUGGUUUUCACUGCAUGAUGCGUCACUCAAUGCGAAUGAAUCGGAUAGUGCACGGUAAACCGCAGGAAACGUCGCCACCAUUCGAAUUUCACUUUAUGGAUGCCAAAGGACGUGAAGCACGGUACUAUGAGCCAGGAAAGAUUUAUACCAUUCGUCUGAUUGGCUUUGCACAUUUUCGUGGCUUACUGCUGCAAGGGCGGCUAGCGAACGAAAAUGGUUUUUUGCUCGGGUCUUUGAAAGGGGGCCGUUUCAUCGAGAAUGAAAGCUGGGAGACAUUCGGGAUUCGGAUUCAGAACUGCGAUCCGCAUGGUUCAGGUUUGCAGGAUUCAGUGACGCAUAGCGAUGAUUCGCAGAAAUUCAUUGUACAACUGGAAUGGACUACUGACAAAGAUAUUGGUGCCGUCCAAUUCAUGUUAACGAUCGCUGAGGAAGAUAAAAUUUAUUGGGAGAGGUGGCAACCGGAAAGUGGCUUCAUCAUUCCUAUCACUUGGAAGAGAAAGCAAAUCAAUCUUAUCGAUGAUAAGAAAGUGGCUGUAAAACUUUCUGCUAAGAAGGGAAAACCUGUUGAAUCUCCGAAGAACAGCCAUCACUACAAACGAGUUGUGUCCGCUGCGGAAAAUACUGGAAAUUUUACAAUUAUCGACGGAAAAGCCAGUAGUAUUCAAUACACAAUCUAUGAAAAGCAUAUGCUUCAAAGACCGUCGAUUCCGGAAACAUUACGAGAUUUGGCUUAUCGUCAUGAAAAUGAAGUUGAAGAAGAAAUAAACGAGAAAGAGCCAUCAACUCAUAUACCGUUCACUGCUCCCUUAGAGGAAUCUGGUAAUCCCACACCGACAAGAUUUCCGUUGACCCGCACCUCUGUAUCGUGGAAGCCACAGACUGAAAAGUUGGAUGGGUUUGAACAUGUUUAUGAGGGUCGCUUCCCGAAAAUCUUUAUGGGAAAUGUACCGACCAAAACAAAACUGAAAAUGACGACAAUUACAGGAAUGGAUAAAUGCAUCGAGAACCCGUGCGAAAACGGCGGGCGAUGUCGUUUGGACACUGGCGCGGAAGUGGGCUUUACUUGCUCCUGCAAGGAAGGAUGGACUGGUCCACUGUGCCAAACGAAAGAUCAUUGUGUCGGACAUAGCUGCGUAUCGGGGAAAUGUGUCAACAUGAAGGACUCUUAUCAGUGCGUCUGUUGGAAGGACUACGCCGGCAAAUUCUGCACACGAAAAUGUGAUCCUAACCUGUGCAGGAGAAAUGGCACUUGUGUGGAAAAGAGUAGCGGUGAGCUGGGCUGUAAAUGUCCACCCGGCGCUUCUGGAAGAUACUGUGAACGCGAAAUCAAUGAAUGCAACUUUCGACGCUGUAAAAACGGUGCGAAAUGCACUGAUAAAUGGAACGAUUAUUCCUGUAUCUGCCGGCCAGGAUGGAUGGGGAAAGACUGCGAUCGGCCUUGUCAAGAUAUUUACGGCAGUUGCGAUCAGUGGAAGCAGCAGGGUCAAUGUGAGCAGAUGCGUGAUCAUACGCGAUUUUUCGAUGACAAUUGCGCUGCAUCUUGUGGGCAGUGCACUUAUUCCAACGAGACUGUGAAAACGACAAAACCGCUUGCUCCAAUUUUACUUCCACUAUCUUGGAUGAUUGGCAUAUGGAAGGCUGAAGUAAAUGGUACACGUUCACGUACUAUAGACUACGUGACAGAUUUCGAAGGAAUAUCUUACACGGAAAUUCUUACAAUUACUGUCGCUGAUGUAUUGGUAUUUGGCAAGCCGAGCAUCAAUUUCACAUCGAUAGCAAUAAACAGGAAUGACAGUACUGAUCAGCACAUACACUACGGUUUCUUUACAAUUAGUCCGAAUCCGGAAGGCAAACCUCUGGUGGCACUUAUCACAGCAAGUAAUCUCGGUCAGAUAAUGAUAGAAGAAGGUGAAUUACGUUCGAACAGUAUUCAGCUUACUCCAGUGUAUCGCUCUGUGCUAUCAUAUACAGCCAACAGUUUACCGCUGGAGUUACAUCGAACAUUUUCGAGAACUGACAAAAGGUUAGUGCAAAGUUUGACGAAGAAAGAUUUGGACGGUAGAAAUCGAAGUAUCAGCAAGCGAUACGACAAAAUAGUCAAUAUUGAAUACCUGUGA